AGUAACACAUGAUCUGACCCUACCUAGAGUACAAACUUUCAUCCUUCACUAAAAGUAAACAUGCUAACCUUGUACGUUGUGUUCAUUUGUCUGGUAAGUUCAGCAAUAACGGGAGACAUAUGUUUGCGUUACAGGACUGGCGGGGCCUUACUAAAGGUGGACAUAGAACAUCUGUCAGGGGAGCAGGAAAUGAUCACUCUGAGGGGAAACUACAACUCUAAGAAGCAUAGAGGAGGAGAAGAAAACGCGUUCAAUGGUUUCUUCCUCGCUCGGAACAGUAGUGUUCCUGAUUCAGGGGUAGACUUCAACAUCUUCAACAAACUAGUAAUCCCAAAAGCUCCAGCAGAAGCAACUUAUUCCAUAGUGCCCACUAGAAUAAGAAAAUGUUGUGAUUACGAAAGUGGGCUAUUCUACCGAGACACCUUCGACGAUUCUAUUUAUGCGCGGAAAACGAAAGCUAUGAACGUUUACCAGCUUGUUUUCAAGAAGAACAUUCUCUACCUUACAAUCAAUGGAAAAACCACUACAAUCAACAAACCUAGUUACUCUAAAGAUCCAGAUUUGUGGAAGAUAGGCCACGUCCGGCAGAGAGGCACCGCAACUAAUUUCUAUGACGUCACCGUGUGUCCCCUGAGGGUAAGUGUUGUUAUGGUACAGGAUACCUCAUUAGCUGACUUGAAGGAAGGGUGUGAAGCUGGUCGGGAUUGUGAGAGUGUAGGCAGGAUUGUUCAGCAGUUUGGGACGAGGAUAAUACUGAGCUGCUUCGCUUCAGGGCCCCCUCCCAUGGAUAUAUGGUGGGAACUGAACGGUGACUUCAGACCUAGCAUUGAGAGAGAUACCGAGACGGGCGUGUCUCUGUCUAUGUUACGUAUUGACUCUCUGGAUAAAAGUAACGUAGGAAACUACAGCUGUGUAGCACAAAACAAAUUCGAAAAGACCAUCAUGUCCAGCUCCUAUGUAAGUGUGCUUGGUUACAGUCCCAUCUCACUGCACAUCAUAGCUGGAGCCAUGUCUGAGAUUACCUGCAAUGGGAGUGAGGAAUGUGGGGUUAGCACCAAGAAUGUUGCAACUUUGAUCGGAGAACAGUUAACAUUGAGCUGCAAAGCUUUUGGAUCCCACCCCUCGCGUCUUUGGUGGAGUUUUGAGGGGAGGAACUUAACAGAUGGAGAAUCAACCCAUAUCAGAAGAGCCCAAAACUUGACUGAGAUAUCCUUUACGAUGAACGAAAGAAGAACAGGUAGAUACAAGUGUCUUGCUGCUUACAACAAAUUUAGUGAGAUCUCCUCGAAUACCUCCAUUGACGUGGUCGGCUACGACCCGAUUUCCCUGCAUGUCAUACCUGAACCUUUACCAGGGAUUACGUGUACUCACAGUAAUGAUUGUGGAACCAGCACGGAAAUUAUAGCACAGUUGAUGGGAGGACAGUUAACUAUGAGUUGCAAAGCGUUCGGGUCUCAUUCAAGUCAGCUCUGGUGGAGUCAUGGAGGAGAGAACUUGACAAACGGGGAUUCCUAUCAGAUCAAAGGAGCCCAAAACGUCUCAGAAAUAUCAUUUACUGUUAACGAAAACAGAUUGGCUUGGUACAAAUGUCAUGCUGCUUACAAUAAAUACAAGGAGGUCCUCUCCAGUGUCUCUGUUUAUGUCUUUGGUUACAAGCCAAUAUCUUUAUACAUUAUGCCAGUAAACUUAUUAGACAUAAACUGUGAUGAACGUGAACACUGUGGAGUAACCACGGAAAUAGUUGCACGGCUAAUCGAAGGAGAGAUAACUAUGAGUUGUAAAGCGUUCGGGUCUCACUCAGUCCAUCUCUGGUGGACAUUCGGAGGAGAGAAUUUGACCGACGGCGAAACUUUUCAGAUCAGGAAAAUGCAAGAUCUAUCUGAAAUAUCGUUUGCAAUGAGAGAAGACAGAGCGGGUUGGUACGAAUGUAAUGCAGCAUACGAUAAAUACAGUAAUAUUUCUUCAAAUGCCUCGGUUUACGUAUUUGGAUACGAGCCAUUAUCACAAUAUAUAAUGCCAGGCCGUAUGGAAAUCAUCAGCUGUAAUGAACGAGAAGCUUGCGGAGUAAGCAUCAACAAAUCUGUAAGCGUGAUAGGAGAAAAAGUCAGCAUCAGCUGUAAAGCCUUUGGGUCCCAUCCUACCAACAUCUGGUGGACCUUCGGAGAAGUGAACUUGACAAGUGGAGCGACCUACCAAAUCAGGAGAGGACAAAGCAUGUCGGAUAUAUCUUUCACGGCUAAAAAGGACACGACUGGUUGGUAUAAUUGCCACGCAGCUUACAACAAGUACGAUAAAAUAUUCACUAGCGUUUCCUUCCACGUGUUUGGCUACGAGCCAAUUUUCCUCCACAUCUUGCCACGACCCAUGUCAGAAGUAUCCUGUAAUGCCAGUAAUUGUGGGAUGGGUGCGAACGUGUUUAAACCGUGGAUCGGAGAAGAGUUCAGUAUGAGCUGUGUUGCAUUCGGAUCCCAUCCUACGGAGAUCACGUGGAGUAUUGAGGGGGAGAAGCUGAGGGAGGGGAAAACGUACCAGAUACGAAGUGGGGAGGACAUGUCAGAGGUAUCGUUUAAUGUGACUAAAAAAGAAAAGUCAGACUGGUACAAGUGUAAAGCUGCUUACAUUUUCAACACUUCCAUUACUUCAACCGCUCUGAUGGAGGUAUCCGGGGUGUUCCCUCUCAGCGUACAGAUCCUGGAGCCCAAAUACGUGGUGGCUUCACCCGGGGUCACAGUGAAGUUCGUGUGUUUGGUGUUCCAGUGGCCAUUCACCAGCAUCGUCAACUGGAGACACCUCAACAGUAGGACUCGCAGUAAUCACCCACCUGUCACCACUCAGGAUGAGAUGGACGAACAGGGACAUAUAAGGUACAAAGUAUUGACUCUAGAGUUUGAGUCUGCUCGAGAUAGUGAUAACGGAGUGUUUCUUUGUGGGAAUGAUCAAGUUACGGAUACAGCAAGUCUCUUCGUAGAGACGAUUGUAGAGACACCCUUUGUUACCAUUACUGAAACUGACGGUGGGGAGGUGGAGGUGAUCUGCUGGACUCAUGCCAACCCUCCAGCUACACUGCACCUCACACUUAGUGUGGAUGAGGAGGAUAGAAAACAGGAACUCAAACCGGAACUAACGAGCACGACAAGGAGUGGAAGCUUAGUUAAAAAAGGGUGGGUUUUGAGAUCAUCUCGGAGUUAUUUUAGAAUAUCCUUUAUUUGUGAGGCGGUUCAAGGAAAUCGUAAAACAGAGACUUCUGGUUAUUUUGCUCUGACGAGACCAAUCAAGACUACAAUAAAUAUCAUUUCAUCGAGUGUUAACAAUUUUAAUUUCAACUAUGGUGAAGUUUUCUUAGUGAAUUGUAAAGCAAGUGGAAAUCCUGCUCCGAAACGGUUGAUCUUAAUAAAAGACGGUCAUGUUGUCGAACAGUUCGUUAAUGAUGAAAUCUUCCAAUAUGAGAUUGAACUCAACUCAAUUUUUGAAAAUGUAACCAUUAACGAAGACGGUUGGUACAGCUGUCAUGCAUUUGAUACAGAGAACGUUAAUGAUUCAAUCAGUACAAUGGAGAUGGGAAAAUUGAGCGCUAAAUAUAACCAUGGUUGGACUUUUUGCAGAGAUAGUAGUGCUGAUCAUUUGAGUGAUUCAAGUGGUACACCCGAGAAUUGGACUAUUAAUGAGUUUGGUUACUGGUUUAAUUCGAGCCAUGAUGGAUUAGGGUCUCUGACGCGAGAGGAGGCAGAUCAUGGUUCAAAUUGGUACAGUUGCAGAGGAAAUAACAAUAUCAUUGAUUCGAGUCGUCAGCUAGUGAAUGUCUUUCAAGAAAUAUCCUUUAUAAACAUGUCUUUUCAACCUGAUGUUGAGGUAAAUGCAAUCAACGAGACAGCUUAUAUUCCUGAAAACACUUAUUUCUUCGCUGAAUGCUCAGCUGGAGGUGGUUCUCCAAUGCCAGAACUUACAAUGUUUCUGGAUGAAGUCAAGUUAGAUGGGAGAUCAGAGAUCGUGGGCAAAAACUCGGUGUUAGAAGUUGUCCUGAAGGUGAACAGCUUAUAUUCAUCAUUGAGAUGUGAAGCUAAACAGAACAAGUUUGGUGAGGAUGUGUUGGCAAAGAGCCAUUUCCUAACACUCAUCCCUUUGCUACCUUUAACUUCCCCGACUUUCUUGCCCUCUAAAGUUGUUCUGAUACACGGGAUCCUGUACUGGAGUAUCUGGGUAGUAAUGGGUCUCGUAGCACUAGGCUCUAUCACUGGUUUAAUCCUGCUGCUUUACUUGUGUAUAAACAAGGGUGGUAAAGCAGACGAGGUGGCGCCCCUCUCCAGCUCCGAGGAGGAGGGGUUGAGGACCCAGUCCGUGGAUCUGGCUAGCAGGAGGAUGGAGCUGCUGACCAACUUGUACGAUCACCCUGUGAGGAGCCCCAGUAUGAGGAUCACCAGGUCAAUGAGCCGCAGUCGAGAGGGACUAGAGUCCAUGAGACAGCGACAGAGAACUCAAUCUGGGGAUACGCUGGACGGAGUUCUUAGCAGGCAGAACACUCCUUCCAGAGACCCGUUCCAGGGGGUUGAGAGGGAUUAUGAGAGGGAUUAUAGACAGAACACUCCCUCCAGAGACCCGUUCCAGGGUGGUGAGAGGGAUUAUAGAGAGCGAGCAGAGUCCGGAGACCUGGUACAGGACGACAAGGAGCACAGACAGAGGGCACAGUCGGGGGAUGUAGUGCUGGAUGAUACAGUGAGUUCAAGCAAAGAGAGGCACACUUCCUGCUGAGACAUGUUAAGAUAGUUAUAGGAGUUAUUUUGAUUUUUGUUUUUUAUUUGAAAAUGGGUUUUUUAUUACUUUCAUUUGAGAUACCAUGAAUAUGUUACAAUAAAUAAAUUAAAAUCUAUGAACUGAGUCUAAGUGAUGAUGAUUAUAUUUAUGUACCUAGAUAUAAUUGGGAACAUUAAUUUCUUUUGU